AGGAGCUGACUCUCUGACUCCUGUCCCGGUCUCAUAGCAGCUCAUCCAAGUUCGAGAGAUCAUGCGUGUAGUAUGUGUCCAAGUGGACUCGUAUGUGAUUCACUUCGCGGAUCUCUCGACUUGUCUUUCUACAACCGUUCAAGCGGGAUCUGGCAACGUGUUGUUGUUCGCGUAGUGGCGACCCUGAGGGUCGAGUGUCCUGUGCUCGGUGUCCGGUGUCCAUAGUAUCCAGUAUCCAACCAUCCAGUAUUCGCUCUUUGACGUUCGGUAUGGAGUCUUGAGUAUCCGAUCUUGAUCAGGACUACAUUCUGAGGUAGUCAGGCCUUUUUUUUCGCGCUGAUGAAAUGUUGCGAUAUGCACUCGCGUAAUACAUGUCACGUAAUAACGUUACAACUGGAUCAUUACCCGAGGAUCGAUAGAUCGUGCGUGACGUUACGUUUCGUUGAUCUGGGAUCGAUACCACUUAUUUGUGGUUAUUCAAGAUCGUUUCGUAUCUUUGAUUACCUGUGUGCUAUCUUUAUGCUGGAUCAUUUAUCAUUGAUCACCUGCGAUCUGGGUUUACGGUGGCAGCUAAUACAUUCUGUCACGUUAACAGUCCUAUUGUCACCAGCGCCGAGCUGUUGGAUGGAUGAAUAAAAGCGUAGGUGGUCCAUGAGUGAGGAAGGUCAUUGACCUCACGCAAAUCGUGACACCAAUAUCCAAAGUCCAAAGUUUAAGACUUCCGCAAUCCUUUGAGCCAUGUCCUCGAUAAAGUCAAGGCUGGAGGCAGUGGAUAUCUUGGAGGCGCUGGAAUCGAAGCUGGUGUACCUUCCUGGAGGACGUGAUCGGGAAGGGAGGUCAUUGGUAAUCGUGAACGUACCUGGUGAACCUUUGCCAACUACGAAAUCACGAUUAGAAUUACUUAUCAAGUACUUGAUCUCUAUAUUCAGCGAGGAAACCAAGGAAAAUGGCUUUACUUUACUUAUCGAUGCUCAGCGUGGCUCGUGGCGCGUUGCCAGAUCCUGCAUUCGACAGUCUCUUACUUUUAUGGGUUCGAACGCGAAUUCCGUGAUCGUUCUUCGACCUGAUGGUUUCUGGGACAAGCACGUGGAUAACUGUACAAAGUCUUAUAGGGAAGGGGAGCCAGUCUACAUUCCUAUAACGAGACUCACUGGCUACAUAGAUACGGUUCAGUUGCCACAGGAUUUGGGCGGUACCAAAGUUUAUAAUCAUUUGGAGUGGAUUCAGACUCGGGUGAGAGUCGAGGAAUACACUAAGGAUGCAGUGGAGGUCGUGAGGAAGAUGACGGAUCUUCACCAAAGAUUAAGGAAUUUUAUGGAGGUCCGGGUGAGGGAACCGGAAGUGGAACUUGCGAAAUAUUCGGAAAUGAGUUUGGAGCUGAGGACAGCUGCGCGUUAUGUUCUUCAUUCAGGCAGGAACGUGGUCAGCAGUCUCAGUAGAGAAACCUCACAGGAUAUACUUGAUACUGUUCAGAGGAUUCACCGGAUUUUGGAUUCCGUUGAAUUGAAGCAGCAUGCAAUUGAAAGAACUUGGAUCGAUAUGGAACGAAGCCUUGGCACUGCUAAGGAAAUUGAUAAUCUUGAAGACGGUGUAGCACGUGUGACCAACUGGAUUUUGGGACCAGCUGACUCCAUGUUAAAUUCUCGUUAUCAAGUUGGAUUCGACGUGAGCUCGUCCGAGGAGCUCAGAAGAGAACACGAAAAAUUGGAAUUGGAAUGCCGUGAGACUUAUGGACGCUAUGCCGAACUUCUUCACAAAAUUGACAGUCUGCCUGUUGGCUACUUACCGGAGGACCUCAAGUCACAAAGGGACUUUAUGGAUUUUGUGUGUCGGAGUUUCGCGUCGAGGCUCGAGAGACGAAGAAACGUUCUAAUCACAUCCCAAAGAUUUUUUCGAUUAGUGUCGGAGUACUUUGACAGAACGAGUGAAGUUUUUGACAAACUAGUCAUGGGUAACAAAGUGUACAAUUUUUCACAAGCGGGAUCGAAACUUUUGAAUUUGGAAAAAAAUCAGGAGAUACUGGAGGCCAUAGAACGCGAAUUGGUAAAGGAAGGUGAAAAACUUUCAGACAUCCUUUCGAUGCCUGUUAAGGAUGCACUAGGUCGAGACAUUCACGUUGACUAUGGCGAAGAUAUAGUUAAUGUCCGAGAUAUUCUCGACGCCACUAACGCCAGAAAAAAUAUUUUCAAUGACAGCGUCGAAUUACAGAAAUUGACACUGAAGCAGGUUGCGCUCAUAUAUACAUACGAGAAUGACGCGGAACAGGCAGUUCAAUGGCUGAACGAUCUCUUCAAGGUUCUCAUCGACAAUCACGUUCAGAUUGGUUGUAACGUCAAUGAAAUCCAAUCCCAAAAGGAAGACCAACAAUCUUUUCAAGAAACGGCCAAAGGAACCUACGACUACGGCUGCCAACUGGUGAACGGUGCUCGCGUUUUGAGAAUAUCCUGCAGGUUGGCAUUGGAUGACAAUACCAACCUGUCAAAAAAAUUGUGGCAAGCCUGGCGACAGUUGCGGUCAGUUGGUCAGGAACAACUGACUAGGCUGAGAGUCUGUGCGGUUUUUCACAGAAGCGUAGAAGACCAUUGCACGAGACUCGUCGAACUGAUCGAUACCGUUGGAUCACUGCAACGUGGAUCGAUGGAUUCCGAGUCGAUGGAAGCUGCGAAAGUACAGAUCAGAGAUAUAUUAGGGAAUCGAGAAAAACUUUUACUCGAAGUUGGCAGAAUGGUCAGGCUGGGUCGACUCUUGAGAACCAGGCUUAAGGAGCCAUUGUGUCAUCAACGAAUGUCCGACGAUGAUGCUCUGCUCGGUGGUGGAAACCUGACAGCGGUGGAGGCGAUCUCGACACGACUGGCGGAAGUGACGCGUCUGGCCGAGAGGCUGGAUGGCCGAUUGUGCGAGGCAGGAGCCAGGACUCAGGCUCCCACUUCCUCCGCCGCUGAUUCCCUUCCUUCCGCUACGACCAACGGGAAGGACAGCAGUGAAGUUGUUGCUGGUAUUAAAAAGAUUUUGGAAGGUUCUGAUGAUGCUGCUGAAGAGUCCAAUAAGGGAACCAAGGACAAGAUGGCUGAGGAUGCUGAACUGAUUCUGUCGAAGGAUAGCGUGGCUGAAGAGUCUGCCACUGAUGGAUACGUCACGGCGCCUGAAUGUCCUCCGACGCCCAUACCCCAGUCCAGGAGCGAAUCCUUUGUGACGUCAUCCGAAUGCGAUGAUGCCGUUUGGUGGAACGUCGAUAAUCCUGUGUCCGACGUGGAGAAUGUUGAGAUUUCAUCGUUAAAGGAUGAGGAGAAAUCUCGUAAGAUUCCUGUUGAACGUAUCGUCAAGGUUGAAAGUGCAGAUGACGCUUUUCCCAAAAAGGAAAUCAGUAAGAGCGACGAACCGAAAGUCGACAGGUCCAGUGCCAGUACGAUUAUUAAAAAGACUGUCGAGGAGAAGUUGGGAACAGUCGUCAAGGAAGUCACGGAGACUACGACUCUUCGAGUUUCCCACAGUACCCACUUGGGAGUGACCUCAUAUAAAUUGACCUCGAAUACAUUGCGCGACAAUAAGGAGCAUACAGACAUCAAGGAAAUUCAGGAUUUCAAAAGAUUCGCCGAAAGCGACGCGUCCGCCAUCAAGGACUCUUACCCGACCGGAAGUCCUGCUAAAGCACCCACGGAAAUGGAACAUCGUGUCAUUUUGACGGCAGAAACGGAUCGGCCUGCGAUUGCUUUGAAAAAGGAGUCUUCGCAGGACACUGACGAGUCCUUGGACGGUCCCAAGGAUCACAGUCGGCUUUUGAAAUUCACAAAAGGUCACGACGUUAAUCAGGAUCAGUCAGGCUCGAUCCUGGCUCCGUCACAAUCAUCGACCCAGUCGUCUUAUACGUCGAAGGAUGUCAAGGAGUCGUUAUCCUUGGAGGAAGUCAAACGGCAGGAGAUGUCAUUCUCGUCGAGACACACGAACGACAGUGGGAUUGAAUUGAGUCCAAAAAAGGACACGAAAGAAGAAGACGAUUUGCUUGAUAAAAUGAAAAGGAGUGGCGAAUGGUUCAGAUUGAAAGUCCUUGAAGUCCGGCCAGGAUUGACCAGCCUGGGUGCAUCUGCCGAAGAGGCAACCGAACUACUGAACGCGCACGAUGAAGUUCUGCUUCAGUUGCAGAGCAAACAGAGUCCUGUCGAGGAGCUGCUUCGGCAGGCCGAUCAGCUGAUCUCGACUCAGCGACCAAGGGCUGAGGUUUAUGCAGCAAUGGCGGAAACUCUAGGACAGGCUUGGAGGGACGUUAAUACUCAUCUCGAACACCGGAAACAGAUUUUGGAUAGCAACGUCCUUUUUCAAUGUCGCGCCGAGGAAUACAGAGAGAACAUGAAGGCCUUGGAAAUGGCCUGUAACGACACUCUCCUGCCGAUCGAAAUAGACGCUGUGAAGAAUUUCCUAACGAAAAUUCACGAUUUACGAAAAACGAUGCUCGAAUCUCUAAUGGGUGCUUUGCAGGAAGGAAAAACACUUUUGGAUAAACUUCGGGAAGUUUCUAACGAGGGAUCACUCGACUCCAGACCAGAUCAUAUAAAAGCUGAAGCAGAUCACGCGAUACUCCAAGUGGAACGAUGGCUCGAGGAACUUCACGAUAAACGAAGACUCAUUGAGAUUUCAUUUCAAAGUCGAAAAACCCAACUGGAGCAGUGCUUAGCUCUGGCAUUGCUGGCUACGGAUCUUCGAGACUUGGAAGAAAUUCUAAACGACAGGGUCUCGGCAUUGGCCAGCAGCAGCGACCAGCUGGGUGAUUCAUCGUCGAGUGCGGAAUUGCUUCUGUUCGAGCUGAAGAAGCUACAACCGGAAGCUAAGGAGUUCCAGGACAGAUCGAUUAAAAUAACGAAGUUAACAGAACAGCUGGUCUCUUCCGGGCAUUUUGCUGGGGAACAGGCCACCGAGCAGGCCUAUGCUAUUCUGAGCUCGGCUGCCGAUUACAUCAAUGAUCUCGACCAAUACGAAUCUCUCUUGAACAGAGCCAUUGCCUUCUUUAGAUUGGCGCAAUCGGGUUUGACGAAACUCGAUCAGUUGGAGAUACAGUUAAUCACCACCGAUCAUCCGCCACAUUCGGCACAGCUGGCCCAACUGCACGCUCAGGCUGUGGCCACUCUCGAGGAUGUUACGGCCGAACCACUGGCAGAGGGUUACGCCCUGUUGGACGUAACGGGAAGAGGAGCGCCCGGCGCAGAGGGCGUCAGACGCAUGGUCGAGGAAUUGGAGAACCGGAAGAUUCAGAUGGUCAACCAUUGCACUGCAGACAACGAAGAGAAUCUUCGAAUAGCUCAGGAACUCACUGCAUUCCUGGAGAAGCACAAUCAACUUUACUCCUGGCUGGUUGGCAUCGCCGAAGCUUUUCUUCAGGGUCAUCAGGAGAUGGGCAGUGUCCUACCAAUGGCGCAGGACUUUCACCAGCUUCACUACAAACUCCUUAGCGAUUUGCAAAAGAAGGGAGAUGAGAUCAAUGAAGUUCUCAAAUCUUUGCCACCGAUUGUUGAGUUUCUGGAGGACCAGCAGCGUCGUGACGUUGAUGAGAAGGUUGACGUACUUCAUGGUGAUUGGUUGAAGCUGAAGAAUCUUGUGGACGCUCGGUUGCAGCUUAGCAGCCUCUAUGUCAAGUUCCACGAGGCUGCUGCCGAGUUGGCCAAUGAGAUUGACGCAAUAGAAACCGAGUUUAAGAAGAACGGGGAGAACUUGAAGGAGGGAAAGAUCGAAGAGUUGGAGAAGAAGUGGAUGGCGCUUCAGCCACUCUAUCUGAAGCUGACGUCAACUGGGAAGCAAUUCCUCGACGAGGCACGAGAGAUCAGCGACCCCUACCUCGACAUUUUGAGAGCGCGCCUCUGCGUCGAGACGCUCUUGGAACACUUUGCUAAUCGGCAGCUAACGCUCACGGAGUCCUGGGAAACCUGGCAGAACAACAUCACCAUCCUCAAGGAGAGACAAAUCGAACAGGAGAGAACUAUGGAGGAGAGUACUAGGACGAUACAAUGGGUUUCGAAAUUCGAUGAACAAUUGUAUCCUGUGAUAACGACUGAAUCGAUGGUCCCUUCGAAUAUUCUUGAGAACUUGGAAAUCACGCGGUCUAACAUUUUGCCGGAAUUGAAGAAAGCUGUUUCCGAGCUGGACGUUAGAAUUAAGACAGUCAGCGCUCUGAUGCAGAAUGACGAUGAUGGUGUCAAUGAACAAAUAAAGAAUAAAUUGUUAGACGUUCACCAACAUCUACAAAAUACUACGAGCGAAUAUCAAAUUCUUCUUGAAUCGCUGAUAUCGAUUUUCAAAAAUGUAGUGGAGGUUGAGCGUCGGACGCAGGAAAUCGACAGACAAACUGAUUAUCAGUUUCUACCAAAAGAUGCUGAUGGUCUUCGGUCGCUUUUAAAGAAGCACGAGGAAACAAGAGAAUCUGUAGAGGAAAUAUUGAAAACUGUCACGACAGAAACGGAGAAGACCGUCGAAAGAAUUAAGCGUCAGGAACCACCGGAUGCGGCUGAAAAAGACAUCGAAAAAUUGAGACGCGUGAUCGAACUGAAAAAAUUAUCUGUUGACUCUUUGUGGCACGAAAGGAAAGUGACAAUCGAAGAGACCAUCGAACGCUGUGUUUUCCAAAAUGAUCUCGGAGAGAUAAAGUCAAAUCUGAACCAAUUGAGUAACCAGCUGUCAUCUUUUAAAGGACAGUAUGGCGAAAAUCUUCCGGCCGCAAAAUCAACUUCGGAAUCAUUUAAACACUUUGAAACGACAAUGACGGUUUUGGAAACAAAAAUCGAAACUUUCAUUACAACAACCAAGGAGAAGAUCAUAACGACGUACGAAUUGGCUCCGUACGUCAGAGAAGAACUGAGCAAACUCGAAGAGAAGUUGGAGGAGCUGAAAAAAGAAGCUGAGGAGAGUAGGAGAAGAGUGAAUCUCAGUAUAGAUUAUUUCAAACUACUCGAAGAGGCUGAAGAGUGGUUCAGGGAAGGUAGCAAGCUCUUGAUUACCAUCGCCAGGAAGGCGACGAUGGUCAAGGUGCCUGAAGACGCGACGAAUUUGCUUCACGACGUGGAUACGUACCUGAAGCCUGGCGAAGAUAAGCAAGAAGAAAGGAUCAGGAAAAUUCGCGAAUUGUCAACUCACGUUUUCGGUACCGAAAGACUUCCACAGUUCAACGAAGUCGUGGUUGAGAAUCGCGAAAUGCUGGAUGCGUUCACCAUGCUAUCUUCGGAAUUGCAAAUUUUGGUUCAAGAUUUGAAAAACGCAGAGAAUCGUAAGGAGAUGCUGAAAAGAGAGCAGGAGGAAGCGGAUGCAAAGUUGAGCGCUGCCAGAGCGGAAGCAAUGGCGGCUCAAGUAGCAGCGGCUGAAGCUGAAAAUGCUAGAAGAGCCGCAGAACUUUUAGCCGCGCAAACAGUGGAACGAGCGACGGAGGAAGCACGAAAACUUGCGGAAAUUGAAGGAGAAAAAGCUAGAAGAGCUCAAAUAGAGAAGCAAAAAGCUCUCACUUCUGUUUCAGCGCAAACUGAGACGGAGAUCAACGAUACACAGACUGUGCAGGAAACCCUAACAUCUGCAGUGACUACCAAGGAGAUUCAUAUCUUGCAAAAGACCGAAAUAGAAGAAGCCAUACCAAUUUCUGUGCAACCUUUGACACCACAGAGGGAAGCUAGUCCACCCAAAGUUUCGAAAACUGACGAAGUGAAACGCGAACCAGUUCCGCCUGUCUUCACGGUCCCCUUGAACAACGCUACCAUUCAAGAAGGUGAACGGUUGACAUUCGAGUGUCGAGUUACUGGUUACCCGGAACCGGAAGUUGUCUGGUAUAAAGAUGGUAUUUCCAUUCUGAACAAUCCUGACUACUUGACCAGUUACGAAAACGGUGUCUGUACAUUGACGAUUGAAGAAACCUUUGCCGAAGAUUCUGCACAGUUCACGUGUAGGGCUUUUAACACUGCAGGUUCGGCUGAAACAAUGGCUACUCUUACAGUCAAAGAAACAGCACCGGAAGAACAACUUAGUCCACCGGUGUUCAUCAAAGGGCUUCAACCUUCAUUUGCUAUCGAGGGUACUCCACAUCUUUUAGAAUGUACAGUCGAAGGUAAUCCACUACCUACUGUUCAGUGGUUCAAGAACGAAUCGAACAUCGACAACUCUCCUGAUUAUAUCAUCACCUACAACAAUGGUGAAGCAAUUUUGAAGUUUGAGGAAGUUUUUCUUGAUGAUCAGGCCACUUACACUUGUAAAGCGGUCAAUCAAGUCGGUCAGGCUUCCACAUCCGCUUCGCUCUCGGUUGAACCUCUUGAACCAACUGAAAAACCAUACUUCGUGACUCCCUUGUCGAACAUCAUGGCCAGGGCCGGUCAGAAGGUGAAGUUGGAGUGUGAAGCCAAAGGUAUACCAACGCCAAACUUGAACUGGAGUCAUAAUGGGAAGUCUGUGAAGGAAUCAAGAGAUUUGAAGAUCCAGACUGAGGGAGCCAAAUCGACCCUCGUCAUUUCUGAAGCCUUCCCUAAGGACGCCGGAAGUUAUUCAGUGAGUGCGAGGAACCUGGCUGGGGAAGCCACCAGCUCCUGCAACGUUUCCGUCAAAGGACGACUACCCAACGAAACCAGCGACUCCGAAUUGCCCAGUGACAUGGAACCAGUUAAGCCAAGCAUCCAGCUGCCUUUGAAGGAUCUUCAAGUCGUUGAGGGACAAACUGUGCGAUUGGAUUGUGUCAUAGUUGGUCAACCGGAACCUGAGGUGAUCUGGUAUCACGAUGGACAACCUGUCAAGGAGUCUGCAGACUUUCAGCUUUUAUUCCAGGGUGACAGGUGCUCAUUAAUCAUCCACGAGGCCUUUUUGGAUGACGCUGGCGACUAUAAGGUGGUGGCGAUAAAUUCAGGCGGCGAAGCGUCAAGCCAAUGCAUUUUGUCUGUCGUGGCGAUCGCCGAUGCGGAGGACCAUCCAAAAUCUCAGGUGGAGGAAGUUCCCGGUUCUCCGCCCAAGUUCAUUAAGCUCCUGACCGACGUCCUCGUUGCGGAAGGCGAGGAGACCGUCUUUGAGUGCAUCGUCACUGGUGACCCUAAACCAGACCUCAAGUGGUUCCUGAACAAUUCUGAGAUCAUCGAAAACGAACGAAUUCGCAUGAACUACCAGGACGACGGAACUGGAACUCUGAGGAUCUCAAGAACCAUCCCCGAGGACAAGGGCAAUUACAUAGCCAAAGCCACUAACCAUCUAGGAGAGGCCAAAGCCUUUGCUCAUCUGAUCGUAAAGUCUCUCAGCGACUUCCAAAUAAAGGAGGAAAUUGUGAAAAUGGAGGAAAAGCUGAUCCCGCCAACAUUCAAAGAGCGUUUUCUCGACAGAACAGUUCCUGAAGGAACAGCUAUCAAGUUCGAGUGUAUCGUCACUGGGAAACCAAAUCCCAAGAUCCAGUGGCUUUUCAACGAUCAACCAGUCUGCGGCAAAGACUUCUUGACUUCGGUCAGCGGCGAGCGGCAAGUCUUGACGAUUCCGGAAACCGGAACUGCCCACAACGGUACGAUAUCCUGCGUGGCUGAGAACGCCGCUGGCAAAGCCAUUUGCCAGGCCCAUCUCGAAAUCGGUGGAGGGACGAACGCAGAGCUCGAGCUGAUCCAAGUGCCAACCGAAGAAAUGCAGGCCUCAAACAGUAGCGAGAAGCACUUCUCGACGGAGAAGACGUCCUCCGAGGGUGGUUCCCAGAGCGUCCUGACCAAGAUAUCCUCGACGGUCACGCAGUCAUCCUCGUCGCACACUUCCACGAAGAAGGAGUACACGUCCUCGACAACGUCGACCACCUUGGGUCCAAGUAAUCAGCCGACGAGUGUUUGCGUCAAGUCGACCACCAAGAGUUCCGAGCAGUCGAGCUCAGAAAACGGAGCACCUCCAGUGGUCCAGUCGCACAAGGUCGAGGAAUACGAACGAAUAAUCCAGGACAAGCCUGGUGAAAUACGGCAGGAGAAAACCGUGAUCGUCUCGAAGGGCGAGGAAGGCACCAAGCUGGAGAGCAAAAUGACCCAGGUCCAGAAACCUGUGCGCAAGUCGGUGGCGCCAAGAUUUGUCUCACCGGUCACAGGGAUGAUCGUUGAUCAGGGUACGGACAUAGUGCUCGAGGGCAUAGUGGAUGGUUUUCCACAACCGACGAUCGCUUGGUCGAAAAACGGGCAGGAAUUGAAAGAGAAGGAAGGUGUUAAGAUAAGCUACGCGCACAACCACGUGCGCGUCGAAAUAAAAAACGUGAACGUUAAGGACGCUGGACGCUACACAUGCAGCGCCGUCAACGACGUAGGCACCGCCAGCAGCACCGCGGACCUCGUCGUCAAAAAAACCAUCUUCCCUCCGGUCUUCGGCAGACGUCUUCAGGCACAGGUGGUGAAGCGUGGCGAACGCGUCAUCAUGGAAGUGGAAAUAACCGGAACACCGGAACCAACGGUCACCUGGUACAAGAAUGAUGUUCCGCUGAAAGAGCAGCCACCAGAAGUCAGAAUCCAGCAACAGGGCAAUUGUUACCUUCUUAUUAUUAAUAAAGCUGAUAAGGAACAUGCUGGGAAAUACAUGGUACGCGCGACCAACGCUGGCGGCGAAGCUCAGAGCAUUGCUGACUUUGCUGUGUUCGAACCGACUCCGGACACCAUGGUGGAAGUUCACAAGACGGUCGUCUACGAGAAUGUUCAGGACAAGGGAAUCGUUCAGCCCGAUGGAAAGAAGGUCGACGUACCCUCAGGAAAUCUGACAGCCGAGCACAUCUCUACGACGAAGAUUCAACCGAGUUCCGGGCUGAAAACGUUAACCCCAUCCUCAGCUCCCGCAUCCUCAUCCUCGAUCCGCACUGUCAAAACUAUCGAGGAGACGCAUCCUGUCACUGAAAGUCACACGACGCGUUCAGAAACGAUUUCAUCGACAAUCGAGUCGCAUCACAGCGAAACGAAAUCCGAACAGAAGUUCCACAUGAAGUUGGAACACAAGACACCGACGAUAAUCCAAUACGAGAGCACCACCACCAAGUCAGCUUCGGGACAGCCACAAGAGAAAGUGACUGUGAGCAGCACCUCCUCGGGUACCAACACUUCAAGGGAAUCUGGUCAGGAUAAUACCACUCAGACCACUUGUACCAAGGUUGAGGAUAAGUCUAUUGAGGUUGUCGAAAAUGAGAACGUUGAGACAUCUACAAUCGCCAGAAAGGACGCUCUGAGUUUCUUCGAAUCAAAGUCCAAGGAGAGUACCGAGUCAGUGGCAAAGGGUCCAAAGGAGAUGAUCAAGCUGGCUGAGGACGUAGGUCCUGGAUACGAAGUCAAGGUUGGAAAGUUGACGAAGAAUUACGAGCGGUCGACGAAGUUUGAGGAAGUGAAGAGGAACGAGCCAGCUGCUUCAGAUUAUCAGACGACCAAGAAGGCUGUUCAGGAUAUCUUCACGAAAAUAGAACAAGGACCAUCCCCGAGAGGCAUCGAUAACAAGCUCAUCGAGUUUCCUUAUGAAGGAUACAAGUUGCCACCCUUGGAAAUUAAACGUACAAUCCUGGAAGACACCACUGCUUCAGGAUCUCCCAUUCAUGGUACCCUAACGAUUUCGAAACUUCAAGCCCAAUCCGAGAGCGCUGAAGCAAUGAUGUCAGGAUUCAACCUGGUACCGGAACCACCGCCGGAGAUCGGCUACAUGCCGAAGGUCGAAGUGGCGAAAAAAAAACGCCCUGAUAUUUCGGUCAAAGUGAAACAGCUUCAGGAGUCCCAUAAGAAUUUAUCCCCCGUUGAAGCCCCGAUUGGUGGUGUGAAGAUCUUCCCCUCGCCAGCUCCAAAGGCAGAGCCCAAAAUCGAGACCCCCAAACCAUCCUCCAGGCCAUCCUCGACAGUGAUACCUCCUCCGUUCGAGCUGCACAAGCAGGAAGUCAUGGAGGACCUAUGCAUCAAGAAGGACGUCCACGAGAAGAAGUUCCAAAAUGAAAUUAGAACGGAACCAGCUCCAGCUGCCCGACCUGUCACACCGACGGAAGCUUCUCCCGUUCCGCCGUUCCAUGGCGAGUCCUCUUACGCUUCUGACUUUGAAACCAGGUCGCACGUGUCUACGGAUCUGUCGGACUACAGGUGUCACUCCGUAGCUUCAUCGAGUCACAUGGAAAGAGCGUCAUCGCCGAAACCGUCGGCCGAUGCUUUGGCAAUGGAAAAAUCCUGGGCACACAAGUGCACGGACUCCAGCAAGAAGUCAUGGCCUCCCCAAGAAUCGCAGAGUUCCAGUACAGCCACGCAGAAGCAGUUCAUUCCUGGUCAGGAUUUCAAGGCAGCCAGUCACGAGGUCCGACAGGAAGUUCAAGAGACAUCGUCAGGACUGCUGAAAACAAAUAUCGAGUCGUCGAGUACCUUGGAGAAGAAAUCCUGGAGCACUAGGGAAGAGCAGAUCGUAAGGAAGGUCGUGGAACAGCCAGCUCCGCCGAAGCCUGAACCAAAACCCAUUAUUUAUAAUGCUGAGACAAUAAAAGUCGAUCAUACGAUCAAUCCCGUUGAGCAAAGAUCCCUGUACGAGAAGUACAUUUCUGAGUGCGAUGUUCACAAGACUGAAACGACGGAAAAAACAAUCUUGGAAGAGCGUGGAUUAAAACCAUCCGAGCUAAAGAAAUCUUGGCCUCCAGGACUGGGUCAGUCGGAAGAGCUGAAAGCACCACAAUUGGUGAAGAACGUUAUCCCCAAGCCCGUCAUCCAUCUCUAUCACACAGUAGAGCCUGAGCCCAUCCUGGAGCCAGGACCUCCUCCAGAAAUUGCUUAUGCUUCCGGUCCAAUCAUCAGGGAAAAGAAGGUGGAGAAGAUCGAGAAGACAUUAGAGAUGUCCCUGGAACAGCCACCUGCGAAAAUUCCACCUGGUGCCGUCAGGACUAUACCGCCACCCCCGAAAAGGGACGAACCUCCUCCAAUACCUCCAAAGGACGUCCACGUCGCGCCACCGCCAUUGCCAGCUAAGUUUAGCGAACCCAAGAGGAUCAGCCCGACGAAGCCACUGGAGAAGUUUCCAGACCUCGAACCUUUCCCGUACCAGGGUGGAACUGCGGCACCGAAAUCAGCUCGACUGCCACCACCUCCGACACCCACAAAGUUCGUCAAGGGUUCCUUUGGCGAGAGCGACUACGAGUCUGACUUCGAAGGUCCAUUUAAGCCUAAGUGGCGACCUUACGAAAGUGACAACGAAGAGCCACGCUACAGAAGGGUGAAAGCUCCAAUUCCAAAACAGCCGACCAGACCCAAGUCUACCGAACCCGAACCACUGCCACCUUCCAGUUUCGAAAUACCACCUCCAGAAUUCACAGGACCACCCAGACCAAACGUGGCUAGAGACUACCAAGAGAAGUCAUACAAGAAGACCAUGACGAGACACGAGAGGGACAUGAAGCAUCAGCAACACACCGUUCAAACCGUUCCGACUCCAGUGCUGCAACCAGGUUCACCCCCGAUCUACGUUCAACCAAAAAGCCCAAAGACUCCUCCGGUCCUAGCGCCAAAGUCACCGACUAAGGUCGGCCCGGAGUCCCCGAAGUUCAAGGUCAAGACUUUCCAGCAAGAAAGCGGCUACAUGGCAGACACCGAUGAACCUAUACAGCAACGUUCUUCGACGGUCCACAAAAAUUUCAGCAAGCACGAAGGAUCCUCAUCUUCUCACUCGGAAUCUCACACCUCGUACUCGGAGAGUCACUCGCAAUUCAUAAAGAGCCAAACCUUCACGAGUUCACAGCAGAAAGACUUUUCAUCCGGUUCCUUCUCCCAACCAACUCCCAAGCCUCAGGUUCAACACAGCACGCUUGUCGAGAAGACUUCAACAAGUUGCGGGACUGACUCAACACAGUUUAACCCCACAAAGGAAACGUUCUACAGCGUGAGUCAGUCUUCGGAAAAGUCGCAGAAACUGGAACCGUUCCCAUUCAAGGCCGAACCAGCUACGUCUACACCCAGGAAGAUGCCGCCACCUCCUAGUCCUUCGAAAUUCAUCAAGGGUGAAUUCCGCGAGAGCGACUACGAGAGCGACUACGAAGGCCGAAUUCCACCGGUUUGGAAACCGCACGGAUCCGACACGGAUGAUUACUCCUUCAAACCAGUCAAGCCAAAUCUGAUCGGUUCAGGGAAAGCACGUCCAAGGUCGACAGAACCCUUACCAACUCCACCCACAGUCUUCGACACUCCCCCACAGUAUUCAGGUCCACCUCGUCCCGAAUUUAAGCCAAUCGAGAAGAGCAGCCUGAGCAGCCUCAAGUCGACGAAAGAAACGAGAGAAGUCAAACAAUUUAAAGAAAUGAGAGAAUCCAGAGAGCAGGAGCAACAGCGGACCCAGAGGACUUUGGAGAAACCGAAGCCAGCGACUCCAAAACCAAAGCCGACGCCACAGCCAAAGCUCGAAGUGGCCGUAGCCACCCCGACAAAACCGAAGUCUGUUCUGCUUCCUGGUUCACCGCCGGAAAUGGGCUAUGUGCCGCCGAAGCAGCAACAGCAACGCCAGACCUUCUACGAGGCGCGUUCCGGACUUCCGUUCCACAAUGCUAUUGGAACGGAGACGAAGAAGACGGUGCGAAUGGACGAGUCCACUGAAAAUACCAGGAGAGUGGUCACGGUCGAGCAGACCAGUCGAGUUAUAAAGUUCGGCGAGAAUGAGAGCAGCCAAAAUAACUUCACGAGCUACGGUGGCAAUCGGCAACACAGUAGAUUCCAAGUACCCACGCCGACAAAGUUCGUUCAGGGUCAAUUUCGAGAAUCUGAUUACGAGAGUGACGCUGACAUCAGAAUAAAGCCCAAAUGGACCCCCGCUGACAGCGACACCGAGGAUCUUCAUUAUAGGAAGGUUCAGCCACCGAGAUCAGCCAGAUCAUCCAGCGUUCCGGUUCAGCGGGAACGCGAACGCGUGAUGACUCCUAUGGAAUUCGAUACUCAGCCUCCGGUGAUGCCUCAGGAAACAUCGAUGACUCAACAUCUGCUGGACAUCAACGCGGAGAACAAGAGGCUUCAGAGACUCGAGGAGAUGAGGAAGCGGUUCGACUCCCAGACUCAGAUCGUGAAGCAGCAACAGCAGCAGCAGCAGCAGGACCGGGAGAAGAUCCUGAAGCCUGGUUCACCACCGGAGUUCGGAUUCGUCUCGAAGCAGGACGUGAAGAACGCGGCGAAUUAUGUAGCCUCGAAGCACAUGAGCGACAUGACGAGCAGCUUCAAGUCCAAAACGGAAAAGUUCGUCAACGACAUCCAGUCGGAUCUGAAGAAGAAACCGAUCCUGAAGCACAAGACGGAUGGACACGCGACCGACGGGGAUGAGCCUCAAGCUUACAGGGAGGAAACCAGAUCCGCGCAAUACGGCACGAAACACAUCGAUCCGGACACCGGACUUAUAUACUUCAAAUACGACUUUGGCUACGAAUUUGGAAUCGUGCUGCCUGGCGAAGGAAAGAAGACCGUAACGAGUACCAGUAAGACCAUCCAAGGUCAAAGACGUGCCAGCGACAUAGACGUGCCGAUCAUCCACGAGUUCACUACCAAGAAGGAAAACGGUUUUACCAGACCGGCUGCUGCGAGUCAGUUCAAACCGUCCAAGUUUUCAGCUUCCAAGACCGUCAAGUGGGAACCCACCUCCGAGAGCGAAUUUUCAGAGGCUGAAGAUUCACGCACUCGCAAGAGGCACAGUCUACCUCAGAGCAAUCUGAGCGCACCGAACGUCGUUAUUCCGACUUCACGAUGGGAUCAGACCACGCCUAGUCCAGUUUCCUUGAGUCCGAGCUUGCCGAGUCUCUCUCCUCAUCACAGUAGCGCUGGACCACCGAGCAAUGUUGAUUCCGCAGGUUCGCCAUGGCCCAGCAAUGGAAUGCCAACGAGCAAAGAAGUUAUUCAACCGUAUCAAGACAUUCUGCCAAAGAAAGCACCUGUAUUCAUAACUCCACUUCGAGAUAUCGCGGUGGUGAGUGGUCAGACUGCCAGAUUCGAAUGCAUCGUCCAGGCGGAACCUCAGCCCAACAUACUCUGGUCCAAGGAUGGCAGGAUCAUCGAGACUUCGUCGAAUUACGAAGUUCAAUAUAGAAACGGAGUUUGUCGUUUGACUAUACCGAGAGCUUAUCCUGAGGACGGUGGUACUUACAGUUGUACAGCUACGAACAGUCUGGGUUCAACAGGAACAUCGGCUACCUUACAAGUUCCAGGUAACAGACGAUCAGUAUACACUAUCAAGUAAAACUGGCAGCACCGCCCGCUUCUAACGUGGUCAGAGGCGAACACAUUAAAAACUCAAAAGGGCAUAAAGGAAAUAUUUUUUAAAAAAUGUACUGCGACAAGAAAACCCGUAACGCUAGCACGAAUGGUGAUGGAUUAAUUCUGUAUUUUGUAUCGAGAAAUGUUGGUUGCUAAGAUAAAUAUGAAAACAGUUCAUUUUUUGGAAUUUACAAAAAAAAUCUCGAAAAGCGAUUUCUCGAUAUGAAAUUCUGAAGAAAAAAAAUAACUAUAGUUUAGCUUUUAGUACCUUUGAGAUACUCGUGACAAUCGAAAUGCGAUUGAUUGACUAAUAUUAAAACAAAAUUGAGAAAGAUUAUUCUGACUUCUGUGCCCUUUGCUGAUCAUCAGUUGCACGUGGAUCCAGAUUUUUUUUUUCGAAUUUCGAUCAGUUUUUGCUGCCAAAGCGUCAAGAGGCUCUCGUGACCCAUUCGUCAUUUUCAAUGGACCAUCAGCGAAAAUUUGCUUCUAGCGGUUUGAUACUUUUUGUUCUGUUGAGGCUUUUGUUUUUUGAUCUUUCUAUAUCGAUCCGUUCCUUUUUUUAUUGCCUCCAUAAUUCCGUGUCUCUCGCUUGAAAUGUUUUUCGAAAUUUUCAUCAAUUUUGAUUUCUCGUCAAACGAGACACGUUACGUCGAAAACGAGCUUUAUUGCCAUGACAAUGAUUUACUUGCCAUUACCGUUAUUACCAUAAACGUAGAAGUUCGUGAAAGGUUUUUCUUUUGUAUUAAUUAUUAGUAGUAGCAGCUUGCUUGUCUCGAAGACGUCGAGGAGGGAUUGACAGUUGAUAAAGUUAUGCGAAUUCGUCACGCGAUAAAAGCCAAAUAGAAAAAAUUUAAAAAAAAAGUGUAAUUGAAGUAAACAAAAAAAAAACAAGAUCACCCUCCACGUCGUCUCUCUCGAAUUGUAUGCGAACGACCUAGUCACUUGCGAUAAUUAACAAUAGUUUCGAGGUAAACAGGGAAAGGUUAGGUUUUACGCGAUAACGAAUUGCGAUAAGCGCAGGAGGAGGUCCAACCCCUUUCUUCCGGAGCUUCUUCUUUUUCUUUUUUUCUUUGUGAUCUUUAACCUCCACGAGAUCAUCUCAAGGAAUCACAAAAUUCUUGCGCCACUUUGCCUUUUGGAGCUUUUUGUAAUUUUCCUCUCAUUGUUCAUUUUUGUUUUUGUUUAACAAAGCGCGCGCGCGCGCGUGCACGCAAGAGUACACAUGACGAGACACCUACUAUUUAUUUGUAGUUAUCUAUUAAUAAAGAUGUAUCACCCCUGA